ACCUGAAGUGAGGGCGCGCAAAAUGCGCGGGGAAGGAGCAAGUUGCGCGCGCGCUUCCCCGCGGAGUAUCCCCGGCCAACCGGCUUGUGUCGGGCAGGAGGCAGCCAGCGUGACGGAAUUGAGCGUCGCCCGCGCCAUGCCCCCCUCCGGACCCUCUCCGCGUUCCCCUCUGCCAGGGUGGCCUGAGGGGGAGGGGAAGAGGCGAGUGGUUGUUCUGGAGCUGGACCCCUUGUAGCUUCUUAUUUAUCAGGGGGGGUCAUUACAGGCCUGCCCAGUUGAUAUAAUUUUGCAGAAGCGUACACAUAUUUUAAAAAAAAAUUGUUUUACUUCUCAGAAUGUCUCACUCUCAGGCUGAAAGUGUCAUAAAGAAUAUCAUUCGUGAAAUAGGACAAGAAUGUGCCAUGAAAGGACAAACUGUGUCUGAAAUCUUGGUGGCUUUCAUGGUGAAAGCUGUCGUUUUGGAUCCCAGGAAUGAGUUUAAUGUAGAUAGAACCCUCACAAAAAAUGAUGUGCAAAAACUUAUUAAGCUCUGUGUUGGUAGACUUCUUGACACAGCAAAUCCAUCCCUGGACACUAUUAAGAUGCAAGUUUACUUUGAUAUGAAUUAUACAGACCGAGUUGAGUUACUUAAUGAGCAGCAUCGCAUUCUAGAGGCCAGGCUGGCCCCUGUGAGCAGAGAAAUCACAGAUAAUCGUGCUCGUACACGAGAAGAGUUGGAGAGCAUUUAUCGAAAGAUUGUUAGCUAUGUUCUGCUACGAUCUGGCCUCGGAUCCCCUACAGACAUCAAGGUUGUUAGGGAGGCAACAGCUGCCCUGCAGAGUGUGUUUCCCCAGACAGAGCUGGGUGUUUUUCUCUCUCUCAGCAAGAAGGACAAAGAGCGACAACUGAAAGAACUUACCAUGAUUGUCACAGGAAUUCGGUUAUUCAACAAGGACUGUGGGAAAGGAGGAGAAGGCAUUGAUGAUUUGCCAGCUAUUCUGAAUGAAGCCAUCCCAGCAGCCACGCAGCCUAUUGAUACAGAGCUUCGUGCCUCCCAAGAUCUGGCAUACCGCUACACAGCUGUCUUGGAAAUGAAGCAUGAGAGGCCACAGAGAAAUAUAGAAUCUAGAUUAUCUAUGUUAAAGGAAGCACUUUUCAAUGUGAGACAACACGAAGCCUUCCUCUGCAUCAUUCUGUCUGAUGUGAUCACGUGUGCACAAGAAGUUGAAAUGAUGGACAAGCAGUUUGCAGCACAAAUAGAGCAGUUAAAAAACACUGUUAAAGCAAAGACUGCUGUACCUACAUCACAAGUUUUCCCUAUCUUUCUUGCACUAUCUAACCUCUGGACGAGCUUUCAGGAUGAGAUAUUGCUGCUGAGUUUCCUGACUAAUUUGACAGUCAGUCUACAGCAGUUCUUGGGAAUCCAUGCACAACUCUUUCCUGAUGAUGUGAUGGAGUCGCUUCUCGAAGGAGUGACUGUGAAGAAUGAUGAGCAAAGGAUAAAGGAAACCAUGGGAAUCAAAGUGAAUGUUUCUGAUUUCAAGGAACAAGAGUGGCUUUUUCCAGAAACCACAUCUAAUUUUGAUCAGUUGUUAAUCCAGUACCGUGGGUUUUGUGCUCACACACUUGCUGAAAAAGAUGGCCUCCUCCUCCCAGGAAAUCCUGCUGUUGGAAUUUUGAAACAUAAGGAGAAAUAUUACACUUUCAGUUCCAAGGAAUCAGCAUAUGUUUUUGCCCAAAACCCAGAUACAUUCAUUCAGUUGAUUGGAGAAAAAGCAAAAGAAUGUGCUGAACUUAUUCAGCUGCUUGAGCUUCAUCAUCAGUUUGAAUCCCUUGCUCCUUAUUCACAGGUCAGAAGUGGAGACAAACGUUCAAUGAAACCAAUUACCAAAUGUGACAGCAGUACUCAGACUGACACCCAUAUAUUGCCUCCAACUAUUGUGAAGUCAUAUGAAUGGAAUGAAUGGGAACUGAGGAGAAAAGCCAUAAAAUUGGCUAAUUUGCGUAGGAAAUUAACUCACUCAGUGCAGACUAAUCUCAGUCAUAUGAGAAGAGAUAACUCCACCCAAGUGUAUCUGCUAAAGGAUUUUGGCACACAGACUAGACUUGACAAUUCUAGCAACGUACCCAGGCCACAGAUUUUCCUGGCAGGUCUCCGAGGAGGAUCAACCCCAACUACUUGUAUGGUCAAAGUGAACUUAACCAGAGCAGUUGAUGAAACCUAAAUGAAGUUUAAAAGGAGACAUACUGAAGUGUAGUACAUGUUUUUUUAAAAAUCCAAAUAGAUUUCUGAAGUAAUGUAUAGUAAGCUGAAUUCUAUGUCCAUUGAUUCAAAGAGCUGUUGUUACACUUCAUGGUUUCUGUUAGGAGCAGCUAAAUGGCAUUAAGUGAUAAUGAUUAUAAAAAGCCUGAAACAUCCAAUUUAAAAAAAGUAGAAUCCAGGCUUGGCUGUAAAUUCUGAAUUAAACUGGCAUUUCUAUGGAAGUGUGUGUU